GCAUUGUCCGUCCAACUGCCUGAACCCCCAGCGCUCGAUGGAGGUGGUACAACCAAUGAAAAUCCCCCCUCCAAUCGUUGAAAGGCGGAGCUUGAAACUAUACGUAAAGCACCCACAAUGUUCUCCCAGCAAACGACGUCGAGCAAUCGUCGGAGAGGGAGAUCCGACCUAAAAUUCUAUUGCCACCCGGAUCAUUCAGUCGUUCAGUGGCUCCUGCAUGGUGAAGACCUGCCGAGGAGCUAGCGAGUAGUGAUAAUAAUGGGAGCAUAACCACCCUCUCCCCGAUUAAAAAAAAAAAAAAAAAAAGAAAAAAAAAAUUCAAAAUUUUUCGGUUCAAAAAAAUCAUCCUGAGAUGCUGCACAGCACACUUCCCCGGGCAUUUCUGCCGGCGCCAAGUCUGUGCUACCUCGGUGGAUACUACGGUGACACGGUGCACCCCUACCCACCGGUAACGCGUUUCGUCCCCCUGGAGACGCCCUACACCUUCCCACACCAGGAGCUACCGAGACCAGUGAGCCCAAGUCCCCUGGACCUGUCGCUGAAGCCGUGCGCCUCAACGACACCUCAAACGAACGAUGAAUCCGAGACAAUUGAGGUGGACGACGUCGAGGAUUACCCGGAGAAGAGCUACCCCAGCCCCUGGGCCUUCGACUCACCGCGUCCCUACGUCUACGAGGACGCCCAACACGAUGACAAGCAUCACGCGCCAAAGUCACCACUCUACCCGGAGAUCCCCCAGGAGUACCGGACCCCAUCAUCGAGUCCGGUGACACCUCCCAAGGCCCAGACAUCGCCGCAUCUUCGAUCAAUGCCGAAUUAUCAACAACAACUGCUGACACCGCAGCAUCAUCUCCAACUCCACGCACCAAUGACACCACCCAGCACACCAUCACCACCCCAGUGCCCUCGACGUCGGCCACGUGACGAGGAUGAGACACCAGUAACACCAACAUCAUCAACAUCAAAGUCCACGGUAUUUGAUAAAGGGCUCCAACGACCCAAGAAGAAACACGCGAGACGAUUGAAAUUCGACGAGGACACCAGCAGUCCAGUUUCUGGGACUGUCAUCCUCGGUCCCGACGAGGCCGUUGUCACUGGUGACAUCGAUCCUGCUUUUAAUAUCGUCGAGGUGACCGAGGAGGCACGCGCUGAACUUGCGAAAAUUGAGAAUCGAUUGGGCCCUUACCAGUGCAAAUUGUGCCGUCAUCUUCAUGAAGAUGCCUUCCAACUGGCCCAGCACAGGUGCUCGAGAAUUGCUCAUGUCGAGUACAGGUGUCCGGAGUGUGACAAACGAUUCUCGUGUCCUGCUAAUUUGGCGUCACACAGGCGAUGGCAUAAGCCGAGAAUUCCAACAGGGGAGACUGGCGCGGGUGGGACCGCUGGGGAAAUUCCCUGCGGCAAGUGCGAGGCCAAGUUCUCCAGGCAGGCGGCGUUGAGGAAGCACCUGGUGACGCAACAUCCGGAGGCCAGCGGGGACAGUAUGGAUAGUGGAUUGGGGGGGAAAAUAGGGGGACCACUUGCUACCACUUCGGCUGCGGGGGACGUCGCCUGACACCAAUUUCCGGCGAGACCUCUGCCACGGAGACCUGGCAUCUACUGGAGAUUUGGACUCGAUCUGAUGUAAGAGUCGUGGGGCUUCUUCGGCUUUCGAUGUAUGUGAGUGCACAAUCAAAAUGUUUUAUGGGGUGAGCUGGGGAGUUUUUUUGAAUUUUUUUUUUCACUGGAGGUUGGGGUCGCUCAAUGUUUUAUUGGGAUAAUUUUUGUUUAUUUAAAAAAAUUAUUUUUCAUUUGAUUAUUUCAAAUUGUAUUUUGCUGCAUUGAAGGGUUUUAAUUUGCUGUGGAGUAGUGAGGGGCUUCUGAUGAUUUUUUAAAAUUUCGUUUCGUUGAAAUCGAACGGAAGUGCAAUUGAAAAAAUUACUUUAUUGAAUUUUCGUUUGCCAUUACAAUCGACGGAGAAUUCGAUUUUAUUUGUUUAUUAAUUUUUUCAUUUUUAGUUCAUUUUUUUAAUUUUCAAUUCUUUACCCAGCUCUAAUAUUUGAAAGUAUCUAGUCCUUGUAACUAUAAAUUCUAGUCGUAAAUAGUGAUGGGCUCUAAAAAUGAGACAAAAUAAAUUCUUCUGAAUGUUGAACAUUUCUACAAAAAAUCGGAAAUUCCAAUAAAUGCUGACUCAUUAAUAACAUUAUAAAUUAAUCAAAAAAAUGACGAAAAAUUUAUUGGAAUUCGCUGUGUCGACCCUGAGAUAAUGAAUAUAAAAUGUGUCCCAUUUAAGCUACGAAAAUAAAUUGAUUGAAAUUAUGACGCGCAGGUCGUUCAUUUAAAUUUGAUAAUUAAAAAUCGUAAGUAGUUUGUCUAGUCGUAAGAAAUCGGAUGCCAAAAAAAAAAGAAUUAUCUCGAUGAUUCGUUUGAUGAGCUUUACAAAUUGAAUAUAUUUAUUUUUCAAAAUUAAAACAUUUAAAAUCUAGUCCUGUCUCUAGACGUGUGCUCAUUUUUACGAAUGCAUAUCAUUAGAAUUUCGAUCUAAAUGUGUCACUAUACGAUUACGAUUACGAUAAUCUUAUCUAAUAGUUUAAUAGUUAAUCAGGAUUUCUGAAACGUGGAACUCAAACUUCCCGACAUACAGCUGAAGCAUCAAAGAUUCUUAGGCUAAAUGAAUAGAAAUUACACUAAACGAUUGUGGGCAAUUGUCAAGAGAUAUUGGUAAAAAGUCUCACGUUAGCCACCGCCGAAAUAUAUUUUAUACUGAACAAAAUGCGUGAAUUUUUAGUUUCAUUUUUUUAUGAUUUCCCCAUUUUUUUCAUUCCACCCGUGUUGAAUGGAAGAGUAUUGUCUAGUCCAAAGAACGUAGAUUAAAAAUCCAACCCAGUCGAUGGAUUGUGCUAAUUAAACGUAGAAUAAGAUGAUAAUUUAUGUCUAUUGAUAAUAUUCACAUAAGUGUGUUCCACACCGGAAAUCAUUCACAUUAAUUCAGUUCAACUGAUCUGUCAAUCUAGUCUGUUUCCUAGUCAAUAAAUGAAUAUAUUAUCUAUAGAAAAACUAUAACAAAAUGUUCAAAUAUGUGAAAUCUAGUCGAUGUGUAAUUGAAUAAUUCACUAACGAAAUAACGAAGAAUUCCACAUCAAUUUUUAAUUUUUUCGAAUUGCGAUGUGAGUUCGAAAACUAACAGUUUUACGAAAAAAUGUGUGGAUAUCUUUUUUUAGCUCUUUAAAUUUCCAACAAAAAUGAUUUUAUAUAUUUUUGCGGUAGGACUGCUCGUUAUCUCGAUAAGUAAGAAUAAUUAAGAAUUCAUCAAACGAAAAAUCUGUUUGAUUUGGAAAGUUUCGUAAUUUCGUAAAUUGAUUAUUUAUGUUAAUAAAUCAAUGAAGGAUGCGAGGGGAUCAAUGCAAUGUUCAAGAACGUGUAAAGUAGCUGAUUGAUAAGAUUAUAAUUAUGAUAAGAAGGCUGUAGCGCGCAAAUAAAUGAUGUUCAAGUGAGUGCGAAUCGAUAGCUUUCAGAGAAGAAAUUUGGGCGAAGAAAAAUUUCUAUAAAACUUAAAUAAAUAAUGUAAAAUUUCAAUGACAAUGCAGCAAUCUUAAUGAAGAUAUUGUAAUUUUUUCCGGAAAUUAUAUGAUUUUUUAUCGAAAUAAAAAAAACAUUCAAAAUAAUUGGAACUGAAAUAUUUCUUCGCCUGAAAUAUUUAAUAAUUAAGUCAUAGAAAAUAAUACUGCGAGCUUAUAGCGAUAUUUAUAAAUGUACAAUAUUGAUUUACCUUGUUCAAUCUGCACAUCGUCGAAAAUCUGUAAAAAAACCACAGCUGUAAAUAAAUGUACAAAACCUAAUUUUCGAUAAUCGAAAUCGAAAGUAUUUUUUCCUUUAAUUUGAAUAGAUAAUAUCCGCAUUAAUUUUCUUAAUUUCGUAUUAAAUAGUUCUCCUGAUAUCGCAUGUAUCUGUACAUCUGUAUAUACUACUGAAUAAAUGUGUUU